UCCCACCUCCAAAAAGUUCAACUAGAGAGUUAUAAAACCUGAAAAUCCUCUUGUUCUUUCUCUGUCUUUGCUCCUGGUUGCCACUCUGGAGAGAUCAGCAGAGGAGGGCAGGUGGAUUGAGCCUCCUUGAGAGAUCCAUCCCACCCCGGCUGAGUCAGCGGAAAGAUGAAAACUCUGCCACUGCUUGUGUUCAUCAGCACCCUGAGCGCUUAUGUCUCGCUCAGUGAAGGUCAAAGACCAAACCACCAACUAUAUUUCAGCAGGAACUAUUUCAAUCGUGAUCCUCGACUCAGACCCCACAAUUUACCACCUCGUUCUAGAUUACCAUUUGUCUGGCAAAAUUACAUUAGGAAUUAUCGCAAUAAUCAGCACUAUUCACACUGUAAGAAUAAGUAUUUCUGUAGGCCACAUAAGGCUCCAGGCGAAAAUAAGCCCACAGACAAUCCAGAGUCUACCCCGCAAACCCCAUCUACUGCUUCCACAUCUACAACCACUCCAGACAUUCCCUCUACCACUCCAAGUGUUCCCACUACAGUGGUAACAACAACUACAGCUGCCACCACAAGCUCUCCUGAAACUACAUCAACACCACAACCUACGGAGACAACAGUAACUACAACUGCCCCACCCCCCACAACUUCCCCAACUACAACCACAACUGCCACAACUAUAUCCCUCACAUCCACACCCACAUCUCCCCCAUCUACACCCACAACUGCUGCAACCACAACACCAGAAUCUUCUCCCAGUACACCAGAGUCCACAGGUACCACUACUGGUGCAACCACUUCCCCAAAUGAAACUACAGACGAACCCGAAGAACCUCCUGAGGACGAUUUGCUUUACUUCCUAAAUAGAGCGCUCGAGUUACUUUUUAAUUUUCUAAGAGGGUAAAGAAUUUUGCUGCAUUUGCUAGAGCAUUGCUACCUAAUAUUUUGUGAAGCACAUUAAAGGUAAUGUAAUGAGUGAAAACAAGAUCUAGUGGCCAAGCGCAAAUCAAGAUUAUGGCCUAAAAUUGUUGAGAGCAUGUAAUUGUUUAAGCUCCAUGAUUGCCAUUUAUUGUAUCGCUUUUACGGUCAUGUAAAUCUGAUGUACUUAAUUUGAACCUGUAUCUUAAAAGGACUUUCUUUGUGUGCUCACGUGGUAGUCAGAAUAUUUUUAUUCAAUUCAUCUGUAUGAAUUUAAUGCAAAAUACAUUCAAUAAUAGAUUAUUUUCUAAACCCAUAUUCAGUCAUUGGAAUGCAUUGUUCUAAUUUUAGAUUUGAAAAACAUGUCUCUGAAAAUAAACCCUGACUUGGUUAGUGGAAUAUUUAAACUGAACUAGCUGAUGUGUGGAUAUACAAUUAAUUUUAGAUAAAGUGUGUUUUUAUUCUUUUGUCAUGUCAAGUAAGAACUCCAAUGAUUUUACUUAGAUUGCUUUGCUAACAAAUAAAAGCGUUCAGUGGCAUU